UGAAUUACAGAAUAAAAACAAACUGCUGUAUUUUGCACGGAUGACGUUUUAAAACGUUGAUAUACUCUGACAUAACGGCUUGAAUAGACUGGCGUGUUAUAAACUGGUUUAGAUGUUUUUAUUUUGUCAUAGGCUUUGCGUUUCUAAUUGUGUUUUGUUUAGAUGGAUUGCAAACGCUGCAAGGACACACACAUGAAUUUAAAUCACAACGCAUUCUUUAUUUAUUUAGUCAAUACGGAAAUAUUUUGUAUGUUUUUCAUUUAUCAAAUAAAUUACUGCUCUUUGUAUCCGAUUUAAAUAUGCACUAUUGGCGAUUAUAACACUGCAAUAAUGAUUUUAGCAUGCAUUUAUUUUCCCACAGUCUCUAGCAGCUGAAAUAUAACAUUCGUAGUAAUAACCUUGUGUCAAUUGUUCCAGAGUUGCUAUUUAUUCAGCUCUUAUAGCACAACCUUUAUGGCUAAUUUUAACUGCGUAGCACUGCCCUUUUUCGAGACAACACCAGUUUUCCUGUAGCCUAUUUGCACAUUGAAACAUGUGACAUUCGGACCACCUUUGUUGUAGACUACCUAAAUUACUUAGGGUGACUUUAGAGUAGGCUAUAAGUAGGCCUACAUACACCGAUCAUGUAGCCUGUGUUGUUCAUUUGUAGCCAACUUUUAGGUUUGGAUAUGACUGUGAGUAAGCCUCUUACGUCGGCCACAUUUAAAAAGUAGAAUAAUGACAAUCUUUACUGAUUCGGCAUGGUUUUGGCGGGUAGCACAUCGCUCUAAUGUAAUGUAUGGUUAUAAACAAGGGACUUUUUUUUUUUAAUCCAUGAAACAUUUCAUAUGGAUUGCUUAUUAUUAUGGUAUUGGUCACACACACGCACACACUCCUAUUCGAGGAAGGAUGAGGCCUAUAGAGAUGUUGAUGCCUGACCAUCGAACUAUGUAAAGAUAGUUUGUCGCUUUCUUCGUGCAAUUGGGUAGGCUACUUAAAAUAGUUUUAUAUGGUAAUGCGAUAAGUUGAUGCGUAUCUGAUUGUUAACAGUGCGUCAUGUGCGAAAAGAACACUUCGCUGAUUCCUGAAUCCCCACCACACACGCACGAGCCGAAACGUACACACUCACACACACACUUGAGGGAACAACACACACACUUGAGGGAACAAACGUCACAUGAUUAUUUAAAAUAUCAAUGGUUGAAGCAAUGUUCAGUUGUUAUUGUUGUUUAUUUCCUGAAGUUGGGAGAGAUUUAACCCAGAGAUGGUAAACAACAACAUGUCGACAUUUUGUGACCAUUUUGUGACUCUCUUGUCUUAGCACAUUGAGGUUUCGUGCAGUCACUGUUUUAUUUAUGUUCUCUGUCAGAGGAUUUGGAGUAGACUACGUAAUUUGACAAUUAUUGAUUAGCUAAUACAACAAGCAAAACAUUUGUGGCAUAAGGCCUUAUGUGACGCCACUUUUCCCCAAAUUGUUUUAUAGUAGCCUAUCUUUUAUAGUUUCACUUCCAGAACAACUAAAACGUAUUGUAAAGUUUAAAUUGUAAAGUAUGAUUUCAAUAUACAAUUAUCCAUAAACAAUAACUUCUUCGAUUAGGGCCUACAUUAAUUACGCCAAUUAUUACCAAUUAAUUAAUUAUGACAUUUAAUAAUGAUUGCAUUUUGAAAUAAACCAACAGCAAGCUUCAACGAUUAACAUGUUUCAUUAUCUAAAUUAUGUAAUUUUAUAAUGAACCACACAUGAUCCAGUAGGCUCCACUGGCUUAUACCUUCACCUUAAAUCGAUUAAAUAAUAGUUUGCGCCAACCCAAAGCUUUUAGCAUGUUCAGGUUGCUAUAGUAGUUUUUUAUUUUGCGUAGUUUAACGUUUAGCCUCUUCUAUAAAACAGGUCGUAAUGAAGGAGGCAUGUGCCAUUUAUAGGAGCUGGGCAUAUACUUCCACUAAUGAGGUGCAGGUUUGCUUCUAUCGAUAACCCGGGACCAGGGACUCAGACCCUGUUUUAAAAUUACAAAUGUUGGUCUUGGCAGCUUGGCGACUUCCUGCUCAACGAUGUUUAUCUGAUAGGCCUAACCAAUGUUGAUGCUCUGGUCUAUGUAACCUGUAGACGUAUGCUUAGUAAUAAUAACUUACAAUCUCAUAACUCGUACUUCCUAUCCAGUCAUGCACUUCUUGUAUUCUUUUGCACUAUUUCAAUUGCACAUAGAACGUUUAGGUGGGAAAUAUUCAGUGUAUUCCUGAAUUGCAAUCAACGACCUAGAGACACCAAAAAAACUCAAUUUUAUAAGGCCUUGACUAUUGACUUCACGUUCAACAUAGACCUACACUUUAGUCACCUGUCCACACAAGAACGAGCCUCUUCUUUAGCCGCCUCUUCCUCCUCCUUCUCCUGCAACCGACAAUCAGGGCAUAUCAUAUCUCACAUCUCUGAACGCAGGCCUAAGCAAAUCGUGUCCAAUCAUGUUGUGUGUGUUGAGAGUGUGUAGGUGUGAAGCCAGGGGUGUCAUACUUUUCACUCGGUCAUAUUUUAUAUGAAGCAAGUCUUCAUAGAGCCCAUGGCCAUUCCCCGGCUUGUUCUCUGUUGAGAAGGGAACGCCAAUUUGCUUCCCCUGGUCGAAGGAUGCCAGUAAAACUGCUCGAACCCUAAUUAGCGAAAAUGAUAGCUUUGCAGCGAGUCUCCGAGGUGUACAGAUGAAUGCACGUUAACUUGGACGUAUAGGUCUUUAGUCCAGGUUGGAACCCUCGUCACUAGUCGGCCACACGCAUGUCUCCUGUAUAUUUAAUCCCAUUCUGUGUCCAUAUCUACUGACGGUGCUACAGUUUUGUUCUGGCCUAAACUGCGUUUCCAAUAUCUGUGUUGCGGUCCAAAGGCUUAAGGUAGAGUCAGGCCUAAGCUGGCAACUCUUUUGGGGGACUUGAUGGAACGUCCAGGUAAUAGGCUCUAUAUUGAGGCUUUAGAAAGCUGUUUUAUGUAUGUUCAAAUGCUGAUAAUGAGGACAUGUUAGACUACAUGAUGGCGACCUCGGUAAUGGAUGGCAUUCUGUCCCAGUCUAUUGCCCAAGCCCAUUGUAACCUCCUUGUUGUUUGGCAAGCUGUUCAAAAGCUGAAACAUGCUGGCAUUCUGUAGGUUUGUGAGGACAAUUAGGCUGUUGUCCUUGACAUUACCAAUUUUUUAUACUCUUUUGUGGUUAAUUUUAUUUUGUUGAUGUGUAAUAUAAUUGACUCACUGUUAUACAUGUAGACUUUGGCUAUUUUGCGUGGUCACCAAGAUAUGUUGAUGUGAGAGAAGCAUUCAGACAUUAUGAAAUUAUAGACCUAAAAAUGAAGUUGAAGAAAAAGAUCUUAUUUGUCUUUUUUUUUUUUAACCUAUGUUUAUACAAAUAUGUGCUUAAUGGUGCUAACAUUGGAGAUAUUUGGUUUACAACCAUGCCUGCUGUAGCUUGUAGUGUUUAAUAACAUAUCGGCGAUGGCCUGUUGUGAAGUAGCUAUCUAUCACGAUGACCAGAAAUAGCAGCUUCUCAUGCACACACUGAGCUUAAAAGGUCACGUUGCUUUUAGGCUGAAGUUCUAGUCCAUCAUGUCGUGUUUUGGGGACGGUGUCCUCACCAGGGUCCUAGGACCUGCACAUUCUGUCUGGGUGCAUGUGGUUAUAGCAAAGUUGAAUUUAUUGAUAUAGAUGUAUAGGCCUAAAAACACACAAACUGAAGAGUUGCUCAGCUGCAGUCUCCACACACCCUUGUUGACCAAUCAGCCAUCAAAAUAUAGGGCUUAACGUUUAUAUGUUACUCCUAGAGCCCCAGACAUAGACUACACCUACAUUUAAGAACUUGUUUUCAGUAAAUGUUAUUUUAGUAAUAACCGCAGAGAAAUUUCAAUAAACCUAUUUUGCCAUAUUUCAGUCGGUCAGUAAUUUCAUCAAUGUCUCGGAGGGAUCAGCCUAUACCUUCGACUUGUUAAGGCGUUUCCCUGGUGAAAAGCCCUGUUUGGAAUUCGUCAUCAUUAGUGGACAUCAGAAAUAUUUUCGUAAGAAUAGAAUUGUUGCCCGCUGUAGAGGCCCUCCCGUAGAGAUCUUCAGUUGGCCCUCAUUUACCUCGCCCUGUCUGUCAGUGUUUCCCGUUGACUGCGAAUUGCACUGGGAAUAUGUAGCUAUACCCUUCCUAAGUUAAUUCAGCUUUACCUUAGGACCAUUGCAUCUAUACGUGACACCCCAUAUUUAUUUAGAAUACCCAGUCGUUUUACGCACACACUUGCGCACACGCUAGGAGCAGCAGGCUCCCUUUGCCUACAGACAUUGCCUCGAGCGCGGAGGCGAGUGAACUGUGCUGUGCGGACGUCCUUUGGUUCUAGAAUGGUCACGGUGAAAACACAGGUCAAACAGAAAGACGCUCGUCUCUCCAGCGGAAAUGAAAACUCCAGCCUGGCUUUUUGGAAGUGGGCCUUUGCUGGCAAAAACGCCCCGCUCUAGUAGUUUGGGUGUCAGAGGGGACGGAGAAGGGGGGAAAGUGUCAGUCAAGAACGCUUUAUUGCUCGAUGACAAUCCCUCGCGCAGGACCGGUCUGUUUCAAGAGUAAUCAGUCAAUCCGCAUUAAUUAUCCGCGCGUCCCCUCCUUAUAGUGUAGCUCGCGCUGGCACACAGGCGAGAGAGAAGAGAAAAGUGUGUGUGUGUUAUGCUUUCUACACACACCGAGCAGACGAGCACCCACCCAACCCCCCACCUUUUAAGUGAAAAAGAACCAAUAAAAAUCAGGCAGUAAAGGGCUUUUUCUUGUCACUAAAUAAAUUAAAUGCAGAUUUCUGUUUUAAGUGCGGGACCCCUUUUGUGCAGGCGAGGAACAUACUUCUUUAUUGUCCCGAUGUCAUUAGUUUUAAAGACAACGGUGCUGGAGAAUGGAAUGGGAGAGGGAGGUUGGAAGGUGAUUUCUUCUAUAUAAAAACAUCACAACGAAAUUAAUGAAAAUUAUAUAUUUUUUAUCUAGAGGAAGGCGAUUCUGUUUAUCGUUGAGUAUGCAUGCACCACCUAACUCGAUGAAAGCAUGGGAAAUGUAGGUUGAAUAGAAAACUGCCUGUCUUACAUUAGAGUGAUUUUACUAAUGUAGUAUUUCACACUUAGGCUAUAGGUCUGCGUGUAUCAGCCUAAUGGGCACUAAUGCAUAAAUUACAAUACUGAAAUGUAUAUUUGGCACAUUUGGGGCUGGACAGUGAAUCCUCAAUUUUGAGGAAUGGAGCAAGUCGGUGCUUACAAUAUCGAUGAUCAGAUUUUGUGUGUGUGGACAAGUGGUGGCUCCAAUCCAUCGACAGGCCAAUGGGGUCAAGACCCAUGGAAUGCGGGGUGCAUAUGUAGAUUGCGAUGCGAUUAGAUUAUUGAAUUAAUACGUACAAGUCUAGGCUCCUCGUUUUUACAUUAUUUGAUUUUAAUUAUAUUUAUUAGUUAAUGGCAUUGCCAUUGUCCACGGGGGAUGAUGUUGGAUCAUGUUUGAUGCCGCUGGUCAGAUGUUGGGAUUUUGGUGUUUGUUGUAGUUCUACCAAAAGGAGAUUGAUUGAAUAAUGCCGAUAUAAAGAGUGCAUAUCUAAUAUUUUCUCUGAUGUUUGACUACUCAUUAGAUCUACCCCAGAGAUGCAGAGUGAUCAUUUUUGUAGUCUGGGAUUUUUUAAUUUUGCCUAAAUUAUGGUUUUGCAGUCAAUUAGAAAUUCUAACAUUUGUAAAAAUAAAAAAAAUGAAAUCUAAAACACUAACAUCUUGAUUAGAUAAGUAUCCAACCCCCUGAGUCAAUCAGUAAGAAUCACCUUUGGCAACAAUUACAGCUGUGUCUUUCCGGAGAAGUUUCUAAGAGCUUUCCACACCCAGAUUGUGCAAUAUUUGCCCAUUAGGCCUGUUCUUUUCAAAAUGAUUCAAGCUCUGUCAAAUUGAUUGUUGAUCAUUGAUAGACAACCAUUUUCAGAUCUUGCUAUUGAUUUUCAUGUAGAUUUUAAGUCAAACUGUAACUCGGCCACUCAGGAACAUUCACUGUCUUCUUGGUAAGCAACUCCAGUGUAGAUUUGGCCUUGUGUUUUAGGUUAUUGUCCUGCUGAAAGGUGAAUUCAUCUCUUCUAGGAUUUUGUCUGUGCAUAGUUCCAUUCCAUUUAUUUUUCAUUCUGAAAAAGUCCCCAGUCCUUAACAAUUACAAGAAAACCCAUAACAUGAUACAGCCACCACUAUGCUUGACAAUAUAGAGAGUGGUACUCAGUAAUGUGUUGUAUUGGAUUUUUCCCAAAUACUUUAUAUUCAGGACAAAAUGUUAAUUGCUUUGCCACACUUUUUGCAGUAUUACUUUAUUGCCUUGUUGCAAACAUGUUUUGGAAUAUUUGUAUUUGGUACGGGCUUCCUUCUUUUCACUCUGUCAAUUGGGUUAGUAUUGUGGAGUAACUACAAUGCUGUUGAUCCAUCCUCAGUUUUCUCCUAUCACAGCCAUAAAACUCCGUAACUGUUUUAAAGUCAUAAUUGGCCUCAUGGUGAAAUCCCUGAGCGGUGUCCUUCUUCUCAGGCAACUGAGUUAGGAAGGACGCCUGUAUCUUUGUAGUGACUGGGUGUAUUGAUACACCAUCCAAAGUGAAAUUAAUAACUUCACCAUGCUCAGAGGGAUAUUCAAUGUCUGCUUUUUUUUAACCCAUCUACCAAUAGAGGCAUUGGAAACCUCCCUGGUCUCUGUGUUUGAAAUUCACUUCUAGACUGAGUGACCUUACAGUGGGGUACAGAUAUUAGGUAGUUAUUGAAAAAUCAUGUUAAACAUUUUAUUUUUUCAUUUAUUUUUAAUUUGUGCAAAUUUGUGCAAAUUUCGAAAAACAUAACUCCACUUUGACAUGAUGUGGUAUUGUGUGUAGGCCAGUGACAACCAAAUCUCAAUUUCAUCCAUUUUAAAUUCAGACUGUAACACAACAUCAUUUGGAAAAAGUCAAGGGAUGUGAAUACAUUCUGAAGGCGCUGUAUGUCAGCAUUGUUGUAGCAUUGCGUCAUAAACUAAUAUGUUAUAUUUAUUUUCAUUAUUAUUAUCAUUAGGCUAUUAUUAUUAGCUCUGUUCGGUUAGUGAAUUAAUUAUGAAAUCCUCCACCAUUAAACCAAUGGGACCAUGCUGGUCCAUUCUGAAUCAUGCGAGAUUGGAUUUAGCCUAUUCUUUAGAGAGAACAUUUAAAACAAUUUAUUCUCUCCUUAUUUUCAGCCCUUCUUGAGAUAUUGUUGUUUUCUUGUAGCAAGCAAUGUAUGUAGCUAAUCCCAAUUAAUGGUAACAAGUAAAACACACACCCAUGUGAGGUAUCCUUGAACAGUUAUGGUAAUACUCCAAUUUGCGAUUGUAACGUAUCCUACUUACUGCGUAAAGUCGGAAAUAUCCACUUACUUAAGCAUGGUUAUUGAAUAGCUGGCAAUAAAAACGUACGCUAACGUUUUAGAAACACCGAUGAAAUGACACGAGUCCAAGGUUUUCUACCACCGAAUCCGAAUCGACCUCGCUCUCGCUCUUUAUCUCUUUUGCAAACUAAUCGUUUUUGUGGUUCGUAUCUUGGAAAAACAGCAUUCCCAUUUCAAAUAAAAGCUAAAUAGUUGUUUCCUGUCAUUGUAGCCGUUUUACCUUCCAUUUUCUUUAUGCAACGUUGUUAUUCCAUCGCAUUAAUCCGCAAAUCUAGCCUCUACAUUUAAUACAACAUGUAAUUUCCCCCUUUUUAACGUAUUCCCUUUGAUUUAGUCACUCUUGACUCUCCUUUUGCGCUGGGGCCAACGGGGUUCGCCGUGGGGGCGCCUUGAAACAGCCUCUCCUUAUCUCCUUUCAUCGUUCAACCCGGGGCCGCCUUGAAACCGCAGGGCCAGUAAUUGCUUUUUUCAGGCAGCCCAGUGCGGACUGGCCAGCAGCCAAUCAGAACCUUGUUUACACUCUGUGAUUGACAGCACUCUGGCAACAUGCCAACCAAUCAGACACUUUACACAGACCGAACGCUCGAGUUUUAACCCUUUACUUCCAUUAAAAACAAACUGGGAAUGGACUGUGAAUAUUAGCCUAUAGCUCAUAGAUUUUUAACAUGGAAACACACAAGGCCAUAUCCUUCCUUUUUUAAUUGACUAAAUUAGGGAACCGUGAGCAAAACUAACCCCGAGGACAGUAAUGCUAUCAAAUUACAUUGUGAUUCGAUUUCCCUAACCCUGUGUGUGUGUGUGUGUGUGUGUGUGUGUGUGUGUGUGUGUGUGUGUGUGUGUGUGUGUGUGUGUGUGUGUGUGUGUGUGUGUGCGUGUGCGUGUGCGUGUAUGUGCGUGCGUGCACGUGUGUGUGUGUCAUGACAGUAAACAUAAACAGACCCCAAAGUUUUUACAUCCCGAGUUAUUUAGUCUAUUAGAAUCAAAUUUGAAUUGCUCCUGCAUUUCUGUUGUUCUCUAAUGACCUUUUAAUCUACUUAUUUUCUAUUAUAUUUACCAAAUCUUACAAACAUAUAUUUGUAAGGCAUAAUUUAUAAAUAUGAUACUCAGGUUUAAGAGCUUUUAAUACAUGUGUUAUUAAGCAAGUUAUAAAUAAAUUAAACUGAUCAUCAAAACCUUUUGCCUAUUUCUGGUGACACAAGUAAGGCAUAAGUGUGAAGCUAUAAAAAAAAUGUUAUUGUAAAAUAAUACAAAUAAAAACUACCAAUGUUAUCCAAACAUUUUUUAUUGUUUUAACCUAGUUUGGUGAUUGACGUGUAGGCCUAGUUAAUGUGAUCACAAAAUAUUCAGUUGACUUUCUAGUGAUCAAAAAGUGUGUAUUUUCUGCUUUUCACUCACAGUGCUGUGCUGCCUGUCUCCUUGCAUUUGCGUGCAGGGCAUGCUGUUCUCUGGAAAGGGCUUGAAUCAAACGCCCGCCGUUUUGUUUUGCGAAUCCAGCAACUUAGCCAUUGGUUUACGGCAUCAUCCAAUCGGAGACUCUGUUUAUCACGGGGUGCGUCUCACGGGCACGCUUCUCAUUGUGUUUACCAAACCAAUGGGCGAGCGCGUUCCCCUACUGUCCCUCCUUCGCGCGUAGUUGUGGCACUAGCGGAUACAGUGGGAGAGUUUCUGUGUGGAUGUGCGAUCUUCGAUUCACUAGAAGCCUGUACUUCUACGAUGCAUCUCUAUACCUCAACUGCACAAUACAAUCUGCAGACUAGGAUGUAACUAUUUCCACGUUUUUCUUUGUUGUACGCCGCUUUUUUUCAUUUGUAUGUUUUCGUACUAUUUUUUAAAUCAUUUAAUUGUUAUGCAAGGAAUAACUUACCAAACAUGACCGGGACAUACUUUUUGGUCGGCAAGGCAAAAACUCGACUGAAUGCAAGACGACCUAUCCGAAGUUCAUAAAAGGGAUUAUUGCAUCUGGGAAGCGUUCGAUGCUUCUGGCUUUUCCUCUGGAUUGGGGGAUUUAUUUCUUCUCGACAGAAUGGAAAGCCGGGAUUUCGCUCCUCCACACCACCUCUUGACAGAGCGGGGCGCGUUGGUUCACCAUGCCGCCUCUCGGAUAGCUCCUGGCGGCCACAGCAACGUGCAGCACCCCGCUCAUUUCCAGCCCGGAAAAUACUAUCCCUCUCACAUCUCCAUGGCCCCACAUUCAGGUGCAUCGUUCAUGGGCUCAUUCCUGGCCAGCAGUUUGGGCUCUCCCCAGUCUCACCCAUCCGGCCCCCCUGCCUCCCCUUCCUCGCCCUCCUACAGGGGAGUACCUCACUCCAGUGCCUCUCCCAUCUGGUUCCCCCACUCACAUGAAGGGUAUCCCCGUUAUUCAGGAGGUCUGACCUCCCCCUUUCUUCCCAUGAGCCACUUGGAUCACCAUAGCAACAGCAGCGUUCUCUACGGACAACACCGAUUCUACGACACUCAGAAAGAUCACUUCUAUCUGAGAAGUCUGCCGUCCCAGCCCCCUCUUCUCGCAACCAAUCACAGCCUUCCACCACUGUCUAGGACCGCCACUGGACAUCCUCUGGGGUCCUGCAGCAGGGAAACAGACUCUGGGGAAGGAGGAGGAGGGGGAGGGGGAUCCCAAAAGAGCUCCAAGGAACCGGGGAUGGUGGAAAAGAGUGUGUCGAGAGAGAGAUCCAGCAGCAAAGAGAGGCCCCAGGAAAGCAAAGAGCGACAUCAUCAUCACCACCAUCAACAUCAGCCUCAUGCGCUUUCUCACCCCCACUUCCUCCCCACUCACAUUGGUGAGGAGGACCACAGACACAAAACCCCCAACCUGCCCACGGAAUACAGGGACGACUCCGCAAAGCAUGGAAACGACCCCUUAAACCAGGGUGCCAAACACAUGACUAACUGUGCGCAACUAAGUAAACUAUCCAAUGGAGAAUCUGGGUCUGGGUCCAAGGGCGGGUCCCUGAACAGCUGUGGGGGUGGAGGUGAAGGGGGUAACAGACCCCAGGGGAGUGGUAGUGGGGGGGCGAGACGAUGCUCCAAGGAAGGGGGCGUGAGCGGGGAAAUGAGGAUAAGUGAAACUGUCCCCUCCUCCUCGUCAGACUGUCUGCGUCGAGCAGCCAUGAUGGGACCCCACAACCCCCAUGCCAUGGCUUCCUACUCCAUGCCCCCGCCCCCUCCUCCACCACUACAUAUGGGGCCUGCUGUGGGAGGGGGCUGGCUGCACCAUCCUCACCACCCCCAUCACCCCCACCCUGAGUUCUACUGCCCCCCUCCCCCCGCCCCCCUUACCCUCACCCCCCCUAAAGACAGAGGAUCAGGGAGGGAGGCGAAAGGCUCUGGCCCAACGUACGUCCCAUCGGUCGGGUCUUUUGGGGACAUGGGGUCCCCUGACUGCCGUGGUGCUGGAGGAGGAGUGGGUGGAAGCGGAGCCAAGGAUGUAAAAGGGACAGCGAAGAGCGGAGGGGGAGGAAGAGGAGGAGGGUCUAGUGAAAGUCUUUCUCUUCUUAAUCCUCAUCAUCCUCAGUCUAGUAACUGCCAGAGGAAGCCGUCGUCCCAGGCGCAGCAGCCCCAGCCCCAUCAACAGCAGCUGGGCUACGGCAAGGCAGACAAGCCCCCAGACUGGAACCAGAACCACAAAUACAACCAACACCACCACAGCCAGAACAACCAGCCUAAAUCCCAGCCUCAGCCCCAUACCUCUAACCCCCAGUCCCACCACCCUAACCCCAAGCCCGGGCCUCGCUCCUGUAGCCUAGAGGCCUCUUCUUCCAGGGGAGAGUUGGAGGUCCUAGAGAUCUACCGGCCCUCUCUGCCUCUUGAAGCCCAGAGCGCUUACCCCGGGGUUGGGCACCAUGCCAACAAGACUGGGCCUUACGCCAGCACCCCGCCCUUCCGGGACUGUUCCCACUCAGCUCCUCCUGAGGGAAAGGGGGGGUCAGGAGGGAGAGCCCAAAGAGUUGGGCAGAAGGUUGCUAGGAUAAAGCACCAGCAGCACAGUAGUCAUGGCAGCGGGUCGGGUUCUGAUGGAUCAGGGACUGAGAGGGGGAGAGAGGGGGGUAGGCAGAGUCAGAAUCAGAAUGGUGAGGGUGGUGUUGUUAUGGGGUACGGGGUUCAAACGCCCCCCACACUGCACCCUUGGGGGGUACUGAGAGGUCCUCAAGAGGACGAGAGGAGGUUGUCCCCCCACACAGAGUCCUACCCAGAUAACAGGACUCAAAACCCCCAUGACCAACAGCAGUCUAUGACAGCACCUCACCCCCACUCCUCCCCCAACCCAGAGGGAGAGAGCAGCGCCAUGAAGAACCUAAUGAACUACAGUUCGCAGCAGCCUUUGCUGCUCUCCCAGAGGAGUCCCUUCGGGGGGCUGGGCUGCCUGAAGCAAGGGGGCGAGAGGGGAGUGAAGGGGGGUAGACCCAGUGCCCCUCAGGAUCCCCCCAAACAGCCCCUACCCCCUAGGAGAGGGUCCACCAGCGAGGGGGAAAGGAUGGACGGAGGGGGAAGAGGGGGGAGGGAGGCGGGGGAGACACACGGGGAGGGGGAGGUGCGACAGCCCCCUGUGGGUAUAGCUGUGGCGGUUGCCCGGCAGAGAGAGCCCCCCCAACGCCCGUCUGAUACCCCCCCAGGACACAGCCGACAGGGCAGGGUGCUGACCAGCAUCAAAGGUAUGUCUCGCUCUGUGUACCCGCUGGGCCGGGAGGCAGAAGAGAGGAAGAGGAUGACAGAGGAGCAGCUGAGCCUUCAUCACCUCGACCGAGACAGAGAACUCCUCAUCAGGGAAAACAAGGAGAGAGGGGAGUUUGCCAGGAUCCACCCAUCCAGCAGUUGCCAUGGUGACCUGACCUCUCACCUUCUGGUGCCUGGCGGGGCCAGCCAAUUAGGUGGAGACCCUUCUGCUCAUGCCCACCACCAUUGGAUGCAGCGGACUGGAAGUCCCUCCCUUUGGAUGGGCCAUUCAUAUGGUCUGAGCCAUGCUGCGCUCCACCAGAGUAUGGGCCCAGGGUUUGGCCCUGGCCUGCCCAGCCCCCUGCAGCCUGUGCUGCCUCUGUCCCAGGACCCCUCUGGCUCCCUGGUGGUGCUACCCUCAGAGCCUGGAGCACACCACCACCUGGAUGUGAUGGACCAGUCAGCUCUGUGGCCCUCGGUCUACGGAGCCCGAGGUCCUUCCCCCCACAUGCAGCAUCACGCUGUUUACUCCCGUUCGCCGUUCCUACGGCAACAGGAGCUCUACGCCCUGCAGCAUCAGCACCACCAGCAACAACACAGGGCCAUGGAGCAUAUGCACCGGCAACACACACUCUCACAGAGGAAGGCAGAGGACACCACUAUCACCAUUGACGACCCUCCUCUCCACGACACUUCGAGAACCUCCCGUGCUGCCAAGCCCUUCUCCCAUACCCCUCCCUCCAAGACCACCCCUCCCUCCCAGGGGGUGAGUCCCAGCAGUCGCCAAGCACCCUGCUGCAACUCCCCUUCCAGGAGAACACACCCCCAGAACCGUUUAAUUCCCGCCCCCAGCCCUGCGGCUGCAGCCCCGAGAUCCCCAGCUCUAAGCCCCGCCCCCCCACACCUGUUGAAAGGAGCGGAAAGAGGAGAAAGAGGAGAGGGGCAGCCGCCUCAGGAUUACCCACAAUCCUUAGAGCCAGAUCUUCCACCAGGUUACACCUAUCCAGAAAUCACCAUGGGUUACAAGGCUGGUCCUUCCCCAGAGGAGGCCCGAUUGGCUGAACAUGCUGAUCUGGAGGUGGAGCCAGCUGAGCCCUGCCCUAAGCCCCGUCCACACACCUUGAGGAUUGUGGAGGAUGAGGAGGCAAAAACAGAGAAGAAGGAGAACGGGUGUAAAGUUGUAGAAUCUAGUGCAGUUGUAGAAAGGGAACGAGAAGGAGUAGAGGUGGAGGGGCAAUCAGUAUCUGAGCCCCCACUAUUUGGCAGUGGAGUGAAGACUCCUGAAAUGGCGCCGUGUCCUGCCCAAGUUUCAACCUCAGCCACAUCCCCAGCCACACUUCCAGCUCCAUCUCUAGCCCCAGUCUCUGCUUCUGAGGAUGCCCAGAAAGGAGAAGUCUCUGUGGGCGGCCUGGUCCAGCCAGCUGGCUUGAAGGACCUACAACCAGCACAAGCGAAGAAAGAUGAGAAGGAGGAAAGUUCAGCAGAGUUGAAAAAUAACCACCUACCAGAUUGUACUGUUUCCCUGCCUCUUGAGCUAACUGGACAUGGGGAGAAGGAGGAGAGAGAGAAGGGUGAUGAUGUGGAGGAGGAGAAGGAGGAAGGUAGGAUGAGUACGAGUGAAGCCUCUGUGGGGAUACCAAGCAGCCCACGGCCCUCUCCAGCCCCAACCCCAGCCUCCACCCUCACCCUCAGUGAUGAUCCCUGCAUCUGGAGUCUGGAGCUUCUUAUUGCCGCAGCGUUGUGUGCCACCCGGGAUGCCUGCUACCCCCCUGUGCCCCCCUCCAAUACACUCCUGCCCGCCCCGUGCCCACUCCCACACCGAGGCAUGGAGAUCCUGGGAGAGUUGGCUGAGCUGGGGAUACUGCAGAGGAACAGGGAGAAGGAGAGAGAGACAGGAAGUGAGGAUGUUUUGACCUUUGACCUGCGUAGCCUGGCGACCCUGGCUGCGGCCCGCAGUCUGGAGCUGGGGGGAGGAGCUACAGGGACGGGUGAGGGGCAGCAGUGUACCGUCAGAAGGACCCUCAACCUGCGACGGAAAUGCAGCUGGAUGCCUCGCCACGAGCCGGUGUGUCCAGUGAAGGCUGCCAUGGAGACGAUGGAUGAGGCAGAGCUAGCGAUGCGAGUGCAGCUAGCGGAGAUCCAGAGACGUUACAAAGAGAAACAGAGAGAGUUAGCCAAGCUGCAGAGAAAACAUGACCACCAGAAAGCAGAGACCUCUCACAGCCCUGUUCGCAGACGACCUGGUCGCCCCCGGAAACGCAAGUCUACCCCCGGUCCCAGCGCCUCAGAUGGCCCCAAGAGACUCAGGGUGGCGGAUGAGGAAGCAGAAGGGGGUGGAGAGAAGCGGAGGAAGAGGAUGACCAAUCAUGGCUUCCUCAAGAGGAGGAGAGGUCGUCCAAGCCUGAGCUCCAGACUAGCACGGAGGGUGACCCAGCUGAAGCAGAAGGCUGUGGCCCAGAGAGGUGCACCAUCAGGGGGCAUGCACCGCCACAGAGUGGACCCCAGACCUGGAGCCCACGCAAACUGCAGAGAGAGUGACACAGCAGCCAAUACAUCCAGUGCCCAGCAGGACUGGGCGCCCAAUCAGGGGGUGAGGAGGAGGAGGAGAGGUCGGCCAAAGGUCAAACUGGGCGGACCAUCGACCAGAGUCCUCCGCAGAGUGGGCGAGGCCUCUGUGAACCAGGAAGUGAACGAGGGGAAGAGCAAUAGCGAGACCUCCGGCCAGGAGGAGGAAGAUGAGGGGAGCUAUGACAGCGACAACGGAACCAAUGACGUCAAGAUGACGCCACCAUCCGCCAAAGACACGCCAAUAAACACUGCUGCGAUUGGCCCAGCCGCUAAGCUUCAAGCCAAUCAGAAAGCCAGGAGCAAGAAGGAGAGGCAAGGUGAUGAUGCAAGCAUGCCCAGUGCGGAGCUGAGGAUGAGAGGAGCCCCCUGCACGCCGUGUCCUGCUAUUGCAGACCAGAGACGCCCAGAGCUCCAGGAGCCACAGGGGGCUAUGAGAGGACCGGUACCUAGCUGGAGGGCCUCAUCAGUGGGCAACAGCCUCCAGGACAGCAGGGGGGUCCAGGGACCUCUGGCGGAGGCCGAGAUGAAGAGCUCAGGACCCCAAAGCAUUCUGGGACAGAGGAGAGGCUGCUGGCUGGAGACUGAGACCCAGAGAGAGGACACCACCAGGGGCAGGAAGAGCAGGAAGAAACAGGCUAAAGGGCGUGCAGUGAGCCGGCUGCUGGAGAGCUUUGCGGCUGAUGAAGGAUUCCGAUUGGACGAGGAGAGCAGCUUCUCCGAAGGGGAGGAGGAAGACAUGGAGCAUAUAUCUCACACACGCGGAGCACCAGCAGUGCUUAACUGUGUGCUGAGCAGGGAGAUGCUGGUGGAUGGUCUGAAGGUGUUGAUAUCUAAGGAGGAUGAGCUGCUGUAUGCUGCCCGACUACACACUCUGGACCUGCCUGACAUAUUCCGUGUAGUGAUCGAGGGGGAGAGGGGGAACAGACCUAGGAUCUACUCCCUAGAACAGCUAUUAGAGGAAGCGGUGUUGGAUGUGCGGCCGCAGACGGAAGCCAUCUUGACUGCCGGAAUGCGUGUUUGUGCCUACUGGAGCGAACGCUCCCGCUGCCUCUACCCUGGAUACGUCCACAGAGGGGGUCUGGGAGAGGAGGAGAAGGAGGGCAGUGUGAUGGUGGAGUUUGAUGACGGAGACAGAGGAAGAAUCUCUCUGCCCAACAUACGCCUGCUGCCCCCAGGUUACCAGAUACACUGUGCGGAGCCAUCUCCAGCCCUGCUCUCACCUGGUCGUCGUGGUCGCAGAAGCUCCACCCAGGACAGUAGAGACAAGCCCACAGAGAGACCAACCAAUGGGGAGGCAGGAGAGAGGAGCCAGGAGCGGAGACCAGUAGGACGACCCAAAAAGGUCAAGCCAGGGGCCAAUAGUUCCUCAACAACAUCAGAGAGUGUAACCAGUGGCAACACUUCCUCGUUAAGCUGGCCAGCAAAGAGACUUCCAGCGGACUUCUUCCUGUUCAACGGGACGUCCCGUAAAACCCACCGAGUGGGUCACCAGCGAGACUUGGGGGUGUUCCACCGCCCCGCCACACACCCCUUCGCCCCUCCUGCGCCCCUCAAGGGCAUCUUCCGUUCCCCAUUCGAGAUCGACUCCUUCAGUAGCAUCGCCAACGGUUACGCUGGAGCCUUCGGAACCGGAACCCAACGGCCUGUAACCACGGUUAUGCCUCUGGGGCUGAGGGACUCUGUCACCAUGACAACGGCACCCUCCAACAGGAAGUCGAGCGACAGGGACAGAAAACAGUUCCUGGUGAAGCUGGAUCACGAGGGUGUGACGUCGCCCAAAACCAAGAAUGGGAAAGCUCUGCUGCGUCUGGGGGGUGGCAGGGUGCACAAAGGUCCCUCUGCAGGGGUGGCGGGUGCACCCCUGAGGUACAUCCACCCUGCUCUGGUAGUGAAGGACAGGAAGAAAGGAGGAGGAGAGAGUGGAGUGUCCAGGUCUGAGCUGCUCCUGAAGAGGGCUCCAGCCCUCAGAAAAGGCCUCCCCUCAUCUGGUUUAGGAGGUCUGGGGGGAGAGUUUGGAGCUCUGGACUGCCCCAGCGACUGCCCCAGCUCUUACUCUGAGCUGGAUGAGGAUGAUGAUGAUGGAGAUGAAGAGGUAGCUCGGAGGAGAGCAGCAGCAGCGGGUGCGGGACGUUUUCUCUCCCGUCUCUCCGUCUGCUCCUCGUCCUCAUCCUCUUCCUCCUCCUCCGGCUCCCUCUCUUCCUCCUCCCUCUGUUCUUCCGACAAUGACUCUUCAUACUCCUCAGAUGAAGAAGGGUCUUCAUCCCUCCUUCUCCACAGAGCGCUGCUCCAGCAGCAGAAACACAAACACAGGCAGAGCUUGACCUCUAACCGCUUAACCCCCGACCCCUCCACAAACCCCAAACCUAACGCCGCCUCCUCAGCCUCUGCCCAACCACACGCCUAUGUUGCCAAGGCAGCCAUGGCCAUCACCGGAGGUUCAAAGGUGAGAGGAAGUGACAGAGGAGAGGACAGGAAAGAGUACACAUCAAAGGGAAGGACUAAUAGUAGCAGUAACGCAGCCAAAAGCCAAACUAAGAGGAGAGAUGGUCCCGGCUCCAAUACACACAUUGCUAUUCCCAACACACACACUUCGACCCCCAACACCCCAGCCUCCCAGCCCAAACCUCCGAAGGACCACCCAGCAGCCAAGAGGCAGAGGAUGUUGUCACCGGACCCCCAUCCCAAUAUGUCCGCCCUCCUGCCGGGUCGCCAGCUGUGGAAGUGGUCUGGAAACCCCACGCAGAGGCGUGGUCUGAAGGGUAAGGCCCGUAAGCUGUUCUACAAGGCGAUCGUGCGUGGUGGUGAGACGGUUCAUGUGGGGGACUGUGCUGUAUUCCUGUCCCCCGGUCGGCCCCAGCUGCCCUAUGUGGGGCGAGUGGAGAGCCUCUGGGAGUCCUGGUCCUCCAGCAUGGUGGUCAGGGUCAAGUGGUUCUACCAUCCCGAGGAAACACGCCUGGGGAAGAGGCACCACGACGGAAAGCAUGCUUUGUACCAAUCAAGCCACGAGGAUGAGAAUGACGUCCAGACCAUCUCACACCGCUGUCAGGUGGUCAACCGUGCCGAGUACGAGCACCUGAUUCGCAGACGCAAGUCAGGGGGCGGAGCUCAGGACCUGUUCUACCUGGCCGGGACCUACGAACCAACCACAGGCCAGCUAGUCAGCGCCGAAGGUGUGGCCAUCGUCCCCUAGCAACAACUAUGGAGUGUAAACAAAACAAAGCCUUCAAGAUGGCUACCUCAUCUCAUAGGGCUGGACCAAGCUACUGGCGCUGGUGUCAGUGAAGCAUGGUUCUGUCCAGAACUAGAAGAGUCCGGAAAGGAGGAUCUUCCUUGGUCUGGUUCUAGUUCUUGCUGGUUCUGGAUCUUGGUUCUUGGUCUUAUUUGGGUGUGGACGAUCCCAAACCCCAACAGGGAUAACAGCACUUUGGACCGCAGUGGAUUCUAUUAUCAGCACUGGAGUCAUCUGACCUGAAGAGGGACUUCAGUACUCUACUGACCUAAAACAAAGACAAACAGUGCCCACUCUACACUCUGUCUCCAAUAGUUGUUUUAUAGUCUGUCAUGUCUGUCAGUCAAAGACUGUCAUAGACUGACUCUCAGGCAAUCUGACAAAGAGAGACUCACCAGGUUGUUGCUGUAAGUGAGAAUAUGUUGUUUUCACUUCUCAGCCUAUAGAUAUGGUUAUAUAGAAUACAUGAAAGAGACUGGGAGAGAGGGAGAACGUAAGGAGGGGAUGAGGAGAGCAGAGACUUUUCUCUCCCCCUUCAGAGUUUAAUGGUCUUACUGGUGGCCACACUGAUAAAUGAACAACGGCAGGAUUGAGAAAUCCCAACAGGACCAAAAACACUGUAGUUCUGAAGUGUGUGUGUGUGAGAGAGUGAGAGUAUGAGUGUGUUUGUGUGCUGAGUGGCUGUAAUGGAUGCAUUUGGUACUUGAAGAGCUCAGAGUAAAUAGUGCUUUAGCGUGUGUGUUUGCUUGUCUGUGCGUGCGUGCAUUGGUCUCUAGUCUAGACCUCACCAUGGAAAACCCUCAAUGUCUUUAACACUCAGAAAGUAAACCUACUAAACGUAAAUCUAUAAAUAUUAAUUAAUAUAUAGAUCGAUUUACUAACAGCUUCUUCUCUAGACAAAAAAAAGACAAAAAGGAAGAUUAUUUCUCCAGUCAAGCCAUACACUUCAAUACCUCUCAUAUCCUCCUAUUCAGGUGCAUAGAUGUACAGCUUAAUUAUUUGUCUAUCUCUGUGUGUUGUACAGCAUUAUGUAUAAAGACGUUAUGAUUAAACUGUACAUAGUAUACAUAUAUAAUAUACAUGAAGAGAGAAAUAUAUCCCUCUUUGUUGCUCUUUAGGUUGUGUUAUUUUUCAAAUACUUUUCUUUGAGUUGUUCUUUUGGCUUAGGGAGGAGGAGGUUUUAGUCCUCUCUUCCUGCACUGAGUAUGUGGUGGGGAUGGGAUGGUAUGGGGUCCAAGAGGGGUAAAGCUGUAAAUAUGCUACAAGGGAAGGGUUCAAGUCCCAUUUUUGGGAUUAGGGUGGAUUUGGUGACUUGGGAUAGAAGGGGAUGUUUUUAUAAGAAAAGUGGAAAAGGCUUUUUGUGUCCACAUCAUCAUUGGUCUGUUUUGUAUAUUUUUCAUAUAGGUUUUUAUUGUGUCUAUUGUUAUGUGCUUAUUCUCCUGAGGGGGUUUAACAGAAUAGAAAUACUGGACAGAAACCGAGUUUCUUCUAUUUGCUGAUCCUUAAAGAUCUAGACCGGAGAUUUCUAGAUGUUCUAUAUCUAUAUUAUAUUCCUAGAGGAGAUCUAUGUAGGUAUUUAUCUGGCCUCAAAAAAACAAAACCAAAGCGCAUCUAUGUUUACGCUUGAUCACAUUAGAAUACAAUAUGAAGAAAUAUACAAAUAUACAAAUAUUCAAUCUAAUCAAAAUUCCGGGAUCCUGCAAUCAUAUUGAAGUAAAAUACCUGUGUUCCCUCAUACCUGUUGGCAUAGAACAUCGCUUCACCACCAUGUUGCCAUGGGAGCAACGUUUUCUUUCUGCACAUUGCCCGGCUGUUGCACUUGAAGGCUCCAUGACAACCGUAUAUGACAUCACAUGAAAGUAAAGGACAAUCAGAGCCAAUCAAAAGAGGGUAAUAUAUAUUUAAAAAAAAAAAGAUAAAAUCAAAAUUGUGCUUAAUCUUGUUCCUGCAUUGCCAAAAAUGUCUCUUUCUGUUUUUAAUAUUUUUAUUUUGCCAUUGUCUUUUUCCUGACUGUUAUGCAAGCCUGAGAUGACUGUGUUUUCAGUGUUGAGGUUUUUACAAGGAGAACAUGAAUGCCUUUUCGUUUGCGACAUACAUCGACUUUUUUAAACAUUGUUGCUGUUACACUGCGAAGCAAAAGCUUUAUAAAAGAAAUCUAAUGUGAACAUCCAUAUUAUGUUACUUUUUGUAGGUCUUUAAACACUUUUUUAAAAGCUGUAUUUUCCUAAAGAAACACUGGAAUCAGUUCUAAACAUCACAUUGGGUAAAGUGUCAUCAUCCUUGCGCAACCUGUUUUUGAAGCCCACUGGAAACAAUUUACUUUGUAGGGUUGAUAUAUACUUUGUAACAUUUGUCUCAGUCAUUGUUGGAAACAUGACUAAAAUAUUUCCCCUGUGUAAAAAACAAACAAAAAAGAAAAGUUAUUUAUCUUAAUUUUAUUGCCUUUGUGUUGCGUUUCAUUAAAAAAAACACUAAAAAUUA